AUGACCUCAUCAUCGAUAACAAACCUUGUUGAUGUAUCAAUGGCCAAGGUUGUGCAGAUAAACAUGAAACACUUUAAGUGUGCCACGGACAAUCUGGCUGUCUUACUCAGGGAGGAGGACAUCGACCUUGCCAUCAUCCAAGAGCCCUGGGUUCAUAGCUCAUGUGUCAAAGGGCUCAACAUCAAUGGGUAUAAUCUUUUUUAUGAAAAAGGACAGGCAUCAUGUCCUCGCUCGUAUGCGAAGAAGUGUAGGCCACCAUGGUGGAACGAGAAGCUCUCUUUGCUCCGCAGGAAUGCAAGAAGAGCUUUCAACGAAAGCUAUCGGACCAAGGUUUGGACUCCAUAUAAGGAUGAUCUUAGGGUCCGGAAAUCCAAGAAAUUGUCAUGGGAAUCUCAUUGCCAGCAAAUUGAAAGCAUUAAAGAAUCGACUGGACUAGCCAAACUGCUAGCAAAUGGCCACUCUUGUCCCUCUCUUCUUAACAAAGUGGAUGGAAAUCCAGUUAAAUCCCUAAUGGAAUCCCCCUCACUACUAGUAGAUACCCAUUUUCCUGGUUCCUCGGGUGAUCCCCCAAAGGUAUUGCCGUAUCGUUCAGCCAAUUCUGGCGAGACUAUACAAUCAGUGGUAUCAUCUAGAAGAAUCAAAUGGGCCAUCUAUUUCUUCUCUCCAUAUAAAAGUCCGGAUCCUGACGGGGUCUUACCAAUUAUGUUACAAUCUCUGGGAGAUGUAGCUGUAAAUUGGCUGUCCACGAUUUUCUGUAGCUGCUUUUCACUUAAUCAUGUCCCCAGCGGCUGGAGACAAGUUAGAGUAGUUUUUAUUCCAAAAGCAGGUAGAACAGGCCACAGUACGGCUAAAGAUUAUAGACCCAUCAGCCUUACUUCAUUCUUACUUAAAACUAUGGAAAGACUGAUCGAUGCUUACAUCAGAUCUUUACACAGUUUCGCUAAAAUAUCAAGGGCUCAACAUGCAUAUUUCAAAGGGAAGUCCACAGAAACGGCACUACAUGAGGUUGUUACUGUGGUGGAGAAAUUUCUUGGAUGUAAACAAUUUACCUUAGCCGCCUUCUUGGAUAUAGAAGGAGCUUUUAAUAACGUCAGUGUGGUAGCCAUUUAA